ACUUUAAAAGAAAGCGACGUCGUUGUGAGAGGAGAAUAUCUAAUACAAGUGAUACAAUAAAAUUGAAAAUCUAAAAAUAAAUUAAAAAGAUUUUCAAAUAUAACAGUAACUUUGAUAAAAUUUGCCACUUAAGAGAAAAUUUAACGUGUUACUUAACUUUUAUAACAAAUUUAAUUGUCUUAAACUUUUAUUCUUUUAAAUAACAAACUUUUUAAAAUAACAUUAGUAACAAGUGGCAACAAUAAAUCUCCCUAAAAAUCUGCGCCCAAUUUCUUAAGUUACUGGUGAAGCUCUAAAACAUUUAAUUAAUUUUAAACUUCCAAUGCCCAGGGAAUACCGUCCUGGUGCAUACAACCGCAACAAAACUUUGAAUAAUUCUAAUACAAAUUCCAACGGUGCCAGUGGUAGUAACAGUAAUAAUAAUAACAACAGCCCCGGAGGCUAUUAUCGAUAUAAUAAUAGUGGCCCAAAUUAUACGGCCACUAACAAUGGCAGUCGUUUCAGUGGCGACCUUAGACAUCCUACAAUUUCAAGUGGAAAUGGCUCUGGCACUAGCCGCUUUCGCAAAAUUUUCGUAAACAAACGUACAACUAAUAAAGAUGAACAACCCUCUACCUCAACGGUGUUAUGGAAAUCAAAACAUUUUGUUGAUGCGAACAAGCAGCGUCCAAUAUCUUACUCAACUUUCAAUAAGUUAAUUGAAAUUCAACGAAAGUUUCCUUUAUGGUUGCCGGACUAUAAAACAAAUGCUUUCAAUGCCUCUAUGGAUGAGAAGUAUGUGGAAACAAUAUGGGCCAGUUUAAAAAACGCUAUACAAGAGAUCCAAAAGAAAAACAAUUCGGGUCUAUCAUUCGAACAGCUCUAUCGCAAUGCCUACAACAUGGUACUACACAAAUACGGCCAUCGUUUGUACUUUGGUUUGAGGGAAGUGGUAAAAGAGCAUCUAGAGGAGAAGGUGCGCAAAGAUGUGCUCGAAAGUUUGCACAAUAAUUUUCUGCCAAAACUCAAUCAGGCCUGGACUGAUCAUCAAACAUCGAUGGUGAUGAUACGCGAUAUACUAAUGUAUAUGGAUCGUGUAUAUGUGCAAAAUCGUGAAGUGGAAAAUGUCUAUAAUUUAGGUCUAAUACUAUUUAGAGAUGAGAUUGUACGCUAUUCGGAAAUCCAGAAGGCUUUGCGUGAAACCCUUUUAGGCAUGGUGAUGGAUGAACGCAGUGGCGAAGCUAUAAAUCAUUUAGCUAUAAAAAAUGCUUGCCAAAUGUUAAUGGCAUUGGGCAUUAACUCACGCUCCGUGUAUGAGGAUGAUUUUGAGAAGCCCUUCUUAGCCCAAUCAGCUUCUUUUUAUAAAUUUGAAUCGCAAAAGUUUUUGGCCGAAAAUAAUGCUAGUGUCUAUUUAAAGAAAGUAGAGGCUCGCAUCCAAGAAGAAUCGGCCCGGGCUGCUCUCUAUUUAGAUAAAGACACUGAACCGCGCAUUGUUAAAGUUGUCGAAGAUGAACUCAUCAAAAAACACAUGCGCACCAUUGUGGAAAUGGAAAAUUCAGGCGUGGUUUAUAUGAUUAAAAACUCUAAAACCGAGGAUUUGGCCUGUACCUAUAAAUUGUUUUCUAGACUUAAGGAGGAGGGCCUGAAAGUUAUUGCCGACACCAUGUCGGCCUAUUUAAGGGAACAGGGACGCAUGUUGGUCAAAGAGGAGGAUAAUGGCACAACAAAUCCCAUAACAUUUGUACAGAAUUUACUCGAUCUUAAAGAUCGUUUUGAUCAAUUUCUUCAUCACUCGUUCAAUAACGAUCGGCUCUUCAAAAAUGUCAUCUCAUCUGAUUUUGAGAAUUUCCUUAAUCUGAAUACAAAAUCACCGGAAUAUUUGUCGCUGUUCAUAGAUGACAAAUUGAAAAAGGGUGGCAAGGGCAUGACUGAACAAGAAAUUGAGGUCAUAUUGGACAAGACUAUGGUGUUGUUUAGAUUCUUAUUGGAAAAAGAUGUAUUUGAACGAUACUAUAAAACUCAUUUAGCCAAGCGUUUACUGCUCAAUAAAUCAGUCUCGGAUGAUUUUGAAAAGAAUAUGAUUUCGAAAUUAAAGACUGAAUGUGGCUGUCAAUUUACUUCAAAAUUAGAGGGAAUGUUCAAGGAUAUGUCUAUAUCGAAUACCACCAAUGAGGAGUUCAAAAUCUAUAUAAAUAAUCAUAAUAUUAAUUUAACUGUGGAAUUUACCUGUAGGAUACUCACUACCGGUUUUUGGCCUACACAAACUUCCACACCCAAUUGUAAUAUACCAGCGGCGCCCAGAGAAGCCUAUGAAAUAUUUAAGAAAUUCUAUCUGGAUAAACAUUCUGGACGUCAAUUGACAUUACAACCACAACUGGGUAAUGCUUGCCUCAAUGCCGUCUUCUAUGGCCGCAAAGUUAUCGAUGCCGCGGCGGCUGCUGCCGAAAAGGACAAAGAUGCCCCCAGUUCUAGUAUGUCCUCGUCCAGCUCCAGUGGUUGUACUAUACCCGCUACAACGCGUAAACAUAUUUUAACCGUGUCCACGUAUCAGAUGUGUAUACUGAUGCUGUUCAAUAAUCGUGAGGUCAUGACCUAUGAGGAAAUUCAACAGGAGACCGAUAUACCAGAACGUGAACUACAAAGAGCUAUACAAUCGUUGUCGAUGGGCAAACCAUCACAACGUCUACUGGUGCGAAAUUCAAAAACAAAAACUAAGGACAUUGAUCCAACGGAUGAGUUCCUGGUGAACGAUGCGUUUGUUUCGAAAUUCCACAGAGUUAAAAUUCAAACUGUGGCUGCCAAAGCAGAUACGGAGCCAGAACGUAAAGAAACCAGAGGAAAAGUUGAUGAGGAUCGUAAGCAUGAAAUUGAAGCAGCUAUUGUGCGUAUAAUGAAAGCACGAAAGCGUAUGCCGCACAAUUUACUGGUGUCAGAUGUAACAUCUCAAUUGAAGUCCAGAUUCCUACCAUCACCCGUCUUGAUUAAAAAACGAAUAGAGGGUCUGAUCGAAAGAGAAUAUUUGGCCAGAACGCCCGAGGAUCGUAAAGUUUAUGUUUAUUUAGCUUAAAUGUCAGAAACAAAAAUCCAACCGCGCAGAGACAGACAUACAAACAAACAGAUAAAACACAAACACGCUUUGAUAGAUUUUUGUGUUGGUUUUUUUUUAAGAAAAAGAAAAAAAUUAAAAAAAAGAAAACAAGAACCAAUUCUCCAAUCAUGCAUUAUCAUAAAUAAGAAGAAGAAGAAAAACACACACUCCCUCGAAAACACCUUUAUAUCUCCUAAACACCCUACACUACAUACACACCUACACAUACACACACACACCAACGUUUAUUCAUAUAAAAAUCCUAUAUAUAAAUAUAUUUUCAAAUGUGAACUCUAAACGUGGAAUAGAAAAAUAACAAUCCAAAAUUUAUAUUUUCAACUAAAAACAAAAACCAAAUGAUUGAACUAUUUUUUUAAAAGGAAAUUGCAAAUGUUUCUCGAUCUCUCUUUCUCUGUGUAUUGGAAAGUUAACUGAGCUGACAAUAGAGUGUGUUUGUUAUUAAAAAGAAGAAAAAAACAACAAAAAACAAGGACAACAAUGUCAAGUUUUAUAGUUAGUAUUUUUUUAAAUUAUUUAAAAUCUUAAAGGAUUAUACAUAUAUAUUGAUUGAUUUUUAUUUUCUACUCAAAAAAACCAAGAAUAUAAAGACAAAUUUGGAUUACUAUUUUUUUUUUAUUUUAUAAAAUUUAAAAAUUUUUGGAAUAAUUUUCAUUCAUUAUUUUUUUUUUUUUUCAAUUUCUAUACUGUUUGGGUUUAGUCUUCCUGUAAACUAAUAAAAAACAAAAAUAAUCUACACCUUGAACUGAAAAUGACUUUAAUAAACAAUUGUGUGUAUUUUUUAAAGAAGAGUUUUAGCCUUUAAGAGAAAAUCUUUUUAAAAUUAAACAUUCAUUUUAUCCUCUUAACAAAAAUUGUUACAUUUUCAUUCCCCUUCAAUUCACAGACCUUGAAACAAAAACAAAAUUGUGUAAUUUUUAAAUAAAUUUGUUACAUAUUAAGCUGGA